CGCCCAGGUUGGCCGUCUGGCAAGGAGGUGGGAAAUGGACGGGAACAAGCAGCUUAUGAAGGUCAUCCACGAAAUGCGCUCGGAAAUCAUCAAGCUAGAGAGAGAGAACAGAGCCCUCCGGGGGCAACUGACAUGCAGCAGGCAGAAGGCAGCAAAGCGAGAGGAGGGAGAAGGGGCCGAAGACAAAAAGGACAAGGGCUGGAGCCUCGCAGACUCAGUCGAAGAGGCCGCUGCCUCGCCAGUGACUCUGCGCAGGAACGUCUCGGCAGGCUCUGCUCUGACACUACAGGAGCAAAAAGGUAGCAUUAUGACGGUGAGGCGUUAUUCCAUCUCCUCAUCUGUGCCUUCACUCCCUGGCAACAAACACCAUAAAUCUGACAAGAGGAAUCCAUUCAAGGGAGCCCUAGAUGUGAAGGAGAUAAUCAAGCAGCCGGCCUUUCCCACAGAUACGCAACUAACCAACAAAGAAGAAAAAGGAGUUGCAAAAAUUCCAUCCGAUUGCCUCUCCAGCAGUACAUCCAACAAAAGGAGAUCUUUCCAAGACCAUGUUUACAAAUGCAGGGGUAAAGUAAAGGCUGUCAGUUUCCUGUUACCCAUGGACAUGUCACAUUAUUCAGAAAAUCAAGGCUCUUUCACAUGCUCGCAAAAUCAGAACACAAAACAGUUAAGCACCAUUAUUGAAAAGGACAUGUGAGCCGGUGAAUAUUUAAAGGGCCACCGUUGACUUCAGAGAUAAACUCGCCUGAAGCAAGAGCCCUGCAUCAGAUUACAUUUCUGCAAAGCUGUUUGGCAGAAUGCCCUCAGAGAAUCACCCAGGCCAGCACUGCAGGUCAUUGGCAGAUUGUUUUGCAAAGGGGGGGGGGGAACCUGUGACAGAGACUGUCAAAAGCCUGUGCGAGGAGGGCUGAAAGAAACCCAGUGAUAACAAAUGCCUCUCUGCUGUAUUUUAUUUUAUUUUUUACUUCAUGGUUUAU